AUGGGCGGCGGGGACCAGAAGCAGUUCUCCUACCUGCCAAAGGUGAUGAACGGCGGGUUGGCGGGUAUUGUCGGUGUGACAUGCGUUUUUCCACUUGAUCUGGUGAAAACGAGGCUCCAGAAUCAAGUGAUCGUCGACGGGAAGCCGCAGUACACCGGAAUUCUGGACUGCUUCAAGAAGACGUUCCGCGCCCAGGGCUUCUUCGGCAUGUACAGCGGCUCCGGAGUCAACAUACUGUUGAUCACCCCCGAGAAGGCCAUCAAACUUGUCGCGAACGAUUUCUUCAGAACGAAGUUGGCUUCACCUGGAGAAAAACACCUCGCCGCCUGGAAGGGUAUGGUGGCCGGAGGGUUGGCCGGAUUCUUCCAAAUCUACGUCACCACUCCCAUGGAGUUGUUGAAGAUUCAGAUGCAGCAGCAAGGAGCUCUGGCUGGUACCAAGAAGCAGUCCGCCUGGCAACUAACGACACAACUAUUCAAGGAACGAGGAAUCGCCGGGCUGUAUCGCGGCAUCACCUCGACGAUGGCCCGCGACGUCACCUUCUCCGUCAUUUACUUCCCACUCUUUGCACAGUUGGAUUCAAUGGCACCGAGAAAAGCUGAUGGAAGUGGUGAUGCUGUCUUCUACGGGUCGUUCCUUUCUGGAUUGGCUGCUGGAGCGACUGCUUCAUUUUCGGUUACACCGCUUGAUGUAAUCAAGACCCGGAUGCAGACGAUCGGACUACAGGUCAAAUAUAACGGGAUUGUAGAUGCUUUCUUCACGAUCCUCCGAACGGAAGGGCCAAAGGCGCUUUUCAAGGGAGCCGGAUGUCGUAUGCUGGUGAUGGCCCCACUCUUCGGUAUAGCCCAAACCGUCUACUACAUCGGAGUCGCGGAGAAGCUGCUUGGACGCGAAAAGGCAGCUCAUGUC